CCAAACAAAGACAAUUGACUUAAUCAUACCAACGACUUUCCAGUGUGCACUUGCCCAGAAAAAUCGGCUAGUUGCAUGUGACCUUAGCCAACUUGGCUUUAAAUCUUAUAGUAGCAUAGUUUUGAUUUGAAAUCAAUACAAUGGAAAUCCUUUUCCAAUUCGGUGAUUAGAUAAAAGUCCAAAUGGUAGUAUAAUUAAGACUCCAAAGCUUAAGAUACAAUGGGUAGAAUUGAUUCGUCUAAUGAAGUUGAAGAUCCUCAGUCAGAGGCCGGUGCCUCGUAUCCUGCAAAAUAUCAAGGAGCUGUACACACACCAACACCAACACUAACAGGAGCUCCGUGGAGCACUGGCUUAUUCGAUUGUCAUUUGGACCAAACUAAUGCUACUACGACAGCAUUUUUACCUUGUUUGACGUUUGGGCAGAUAGCUGAAGUUCAAGAUGCAGGAGAAACAACGUGUCCAUUGGGGACUUUCAUGUACCUCUUGAUGAUGCCUGCUGUUUGUUCUCAAUGGGUCUUGGGCUCUAAGUAUAGAACAAAACUGAGGCAGAGGUACAAUCUGGUGGAAGCUCCCUAUUCAGAUGUUGUUUCUCACAUUUUUUGUCCAUGUUGUUCACUUUGUCAAGAGUUCAGAGAGCUUCAGAUUAGGGGGCUUGAUCCAUCUCUAGGUUGGAAUGGCAUACUUGCUCAGCAGCAGUAUGGAAACCAACAAAUAAAUCAAGCUCCCUCAGUACAAUCCAUGUCCAAGUAAAUUGAAGACUGAUUUGUUAUUGUUUAAUUUAAAUUUGUAGUUUUUAGUUUUGACUCCUUGUUUCCAAAUUCUAUUCAUGUUUGAAGUUUGUAUCCUUUAAUUCAAGCACAUUUGCUAUUGUAGUAUUUUUCCCAUUUCAAUUGGAUUCUUGAUUUUAAUGAAAGAAGUGCCUCUAGCCUCUA